AAUGAACGUUCUUUAAUAUUUGCGAAGCGCCUCUUGACAUCUGAAGAGGGAGAAGCGCCUUUCCCGUGAAGCCACACUGCGUGCCGUCUUUACGCUGGAAGGUAUGGAAUAUACCCUCGGACUGCUCCUCCUGGUCUGCCUGCCCCCGGCCGGGAACCCCGCGUCUCUUGGCGCAGACGGCGGAGAGGAUCUGACAGAAAUUAUCAACGACCUGAUCGAGUCCUACAACAAAGAGUUCACCAAAACAUCUUUAUUUACUCUUCUGAGGGCGGAAGAGAAGAGCGCUGCGGGCGACGCGACUAAACCUCCAGAAACUAUUAUUUUAAUACAAGAAACAGUUUGUUCUGCAUCGACGUACACGGCGCUGAAGGACUGUCCCUUUAAACAUGGCGGAGAAGUAAGGAAAUGCCGAAUCUCUAUGGAUCGCAACAAAACCUUCACAAUGCGGUGCGAGGAUCCACCUGGGCUCGACGACGAGGCAAGAAAUCAGGUCUCUACUGUCGAAGACGUGGCGCAGACCGACAUGAUGUACAAGAUGCUCGACGUGGACGGCAUGAAAGUUCCAAAGAUCGAAUGCUUGGAGUGUAUAUUCACGCGUCUCCCGGGAUAAGAGGAAACGCGGAGCUGAAGCUGCUGCCGUAUCUCUGAUCAAUAAUCAGUCAUUAUCGUUAAUAAAUCCUACAGAUUAACUUCCCGUAAACUAAUGUAACAGCGAUAAUAAUUACUAAAUGUAUCAGCAUGAAAAGGGUCAAAAAUAUCCCGAUCCCUAUAAAUGAUCCAGC